AGAUGACUUGGUGUCUUUGCUGAGCUGUCCAGUACAACCUACAAAUCUCGGGCUCAGAAAUCCGUUGCCGUGGUUUUCAACAUGAGCAUGGACUGUGAUUUCAAGAAGAGCAUGGCAAGCUGCCAACUUUUCGAGGCGAUGGGUCCGAGCAACAGGAGCGUGGCUAUCUCCGGGAUGGUUUUGAGAACUUUCGAGUCAGGGGAGACGAUUUUGGAGGAGGGAACAAUUGGGACGUCCAUGUAUUUCUUGGAUGUAGGAGCAGCGCGGGUCAUCAAGAAAGGAUUGCACGUCAACGAUCUAUAUGCUGGUGAUUUCUUUGGGGAAGGGUCGUUUAUUGCUACGGUGGCCACUUUCAAAAACCAAACCAAGCACUUCCCUGCGAAUGUACUGAACAGGAAGCGGACUGCCUCUAUUAUCGCAUCAGAAGCCUGCCGAUGCCUUGAAUUGAGCGUGAAACAUUUCCUGACCUGCUUUUCUGACGAUGAUGUCAGCUUGCAGGCGGUGCUAAGGUACUUGUUGUGAACUCCCUCAAGUUUCUCUUGAUUGCUUCCUGCAGAAUCCUUGCAAACAGCACUCAGGUUCGAAAUGCCGAUACAAAAUCCAUUGACACCGUUGUGGGCGAGGGGAGCAAGAACUCCCCUCGUCGAGGACACGAGGACGACAACGCUCUGACGGCGUUGAAGAAAUCGAACUCGGGAAGGGACAUAACGAUUGGAAGCUCGACGGUUCAAAGUUUGGUUUCACCCAAGGGAGCAUUCAUGAGAGGGAAGAAGGGUC